GCCAUCUUUCCUCUUCUCUCCCCAGUUCCUUCUUCAUUUUCUUAAUUCCCUUUGGGAAUUCUCAACUGGGUACCAGAGAUUUUCCAGUUUUGAAGUUGGGUUUUGUUUUUUUUUAAGAGGAAAAGAGAUGGGUUGGAACUGAAAUUUUAUAUCUCUAUAUCAGUUUCUCUUUAUAUAAAUACGUCCACCUGUACGUGCAUAUAUAAACAUAUAUAUGUUUACAUAUAUAGGAGAUAAAUUGUUCUUGUUUUUUAACUCUUUAUGGGGAGAUGAGAAAAAUCUGAAGAUAGCUAAGGGGAUUUUGUUGGAUGCUGAGUUGCUGAUUAACUGAUUUGGCCAAUUGAUAGUGGUUUUCUUUUUCAGAUUUUAUCUGCUAAAACAAGAAAGAAGGAUUAAGAGACCUUGGUUUUGUGAAUAUGUACAAAUCAUGCACAAGGUAUAAACAAUCCUCGCCGUGGUUUUCUUGAAAAGUUUCAGAUUCUUCAAUAACCAAAAAUAGACACGUUGAGCUCUUUUCUUCCUCAAUUAUCUCCCUCAAAACCUGCAUUUCACCCCCCAUAUAAUACAAACCCAACUCACCAAAUCUCAUCCCUGCCUCUUUCUCUCAUACAUAAUCUAUACAUACAACAAGAAGUACAGAGAAACUUCAACAUGCAGCAAGAACAAGGAGCGGGUGAGGAGCAGAUGAAUAAUCAGCAAGAUUCCAGAAGAGAUCAGACGAACCAGCAGCCGCAGCCGCAGCCGGAGCCACAAAAAUGUCCAAGGUGCGAUUCUAUGAACACAAAGUUCUGUUAUUACAACAACUACAGUCUAUCUCAGCCUCGCUAUUUCUGCAAGACUUGCCGGAGGUACUGGACACAAGGUGGAACUCUGAGGAACGUGCCGGUUGGUGGAGGUUGUAGGAAAGGGAUGAAGCGUGCUAAGACUGCUGGUUCAUCUUCUUCAUCUUCUGCUGGUUCGUCUGGUGAGACGGCAGAGUCAACGCCAUCACCAACUAUUAUCCCUUCAAACCCACCAUUGUUCCCUCCUGGUAAUCUGGGUUUGAUGAUCAGGAGCAAGGAUCAGGGUCAGAUUGGUGGGAAUCUUCCUACUGCUUCUGAAAUCUCCACCGUGGGGUCGUAUUAUCAGGGCUCUUUGGCUUCAAAUUUGAGUUUCUUGCCUGCUAAUCUUCAACCUUUUGGGUCUAAUGUUCAACCACAGCAGUUUUUCCAGAUGGGUAAUCCUAAUCCUUUAUACCCAUCUGAUCAUCACGGGAGCUUGAUCCAGUCAAGCAGGCCUCAUGAUCAUCACCAUCAUCAUCAUCAUCAGCAGCAGCAAAACUGGCACCACCGUUUCAUCAUCAACAACACUGCUAAUAAUCCAACUGUUGAUUCUGAUCAGACUCGGAUUAUGAGCAUCAAUGGCGGCAGGAAUAUUACUAGUCCCAGCAGCCGGAGUGAAAACACUAACACCACCACCACCACCUCCACCAACCCCACUGUUGGGUCUCCUCCUUUCAACCCAACAAGCCAAUGGCCUCAUGACUUUCCUGGUUAUUUUUCUCCUCCAUGAUCAAGUAUCAAUUUGUUGGGUAUAUCUAGACUAGACCUCUA